UUUAAAAUGAGGCUGUUUAUUGGGUUUUCUUUACUUUUUGUCAUUGGAUCUAACUUUGCAAUGGAUGAUACAUUAAGAAGUGUACUACAGGAGUUAAACAAUUUGAAAAAGACUGUUGCUGAGCAAGGGCAGAUAAUUCAAUCUCUGCAGACAACCCUAGAUUCAGUGACAGGCCAAUUCCAGAAACAGCAAAAGGAAACUGUGCUUUUAAAAUCUGAGCUUAGUGCAGUAAAGGAAAAGAUUAACUGGCAACGGAAUGAGAUUCCAGAAACAAAUCAAGGAACCAAACAUGAUGCUAAAAUCUUCAAGGAAACAAACCAGAAUGAAACACUUGCAUCAAAAAUUGUUCCUAAUGAGAAAAGACUUUCAAGGCAUUUCUUGCACCUAAGAACAAAACGAUUAAUUUCUCCGACACUCGAAGUUGGAUUUACGGCAGCCAGACAUAGUGGCCCAACUGUUCACGAAGGUGGAAUUAUAGUUUUUGAUACAGUCAUAACUAACGCAGGUUCGGCCUAUAACCCAACGACAGGAAUCUUUAAGGCGCCAUCUGAGGGACUGUACGUCUUCUUUUUCAACAUUGAAUGUUCUAAAGACAACGGUGAUACUCACGCAGAACUUGUAAGAGAUGGGGCUCGUUUAGAAAUUCAGUCAUACUGUCAUGGACUGGGAGAUUAUGAUAACAGUGAUACGUUAGGGGUACUUCAUCUGCACACUGGCGACACUAUCUGGGUUAAAUUAUACGGUGGUGACAAUAGAAAUUUUGGAUCAAAAACAAUUUUUUCUGGAUUUUUAAUUUAGAGGUUGUUUAAAUUCUUGAUUAAA